AUGUAUUUCAGGUUGGUCUCAGACUUCUUCUGUCCAAAUACUGGCGGCGUUGAGACGCAUAUUUAUUUUCUAGCACAGUGUCUACUAGAUCUUGGUCACAAGGUAAUAGUAAUAACGCAUGCUUAUGGUGAAAGAAGGGGAAUACGUUACCUUUCAAAUGGCUUAAAGACAUUUUCUUCUAUGGCUCAUGAAGCUAUGUUUAAUGGCUGGUUGAUGGGGAUUAGAACUGUGUUCACUGACCACUCUCUAUUCGGUUUUGCUGAUGCGUCCGCCAUCCUUACAAAUACUCUUGUUCUGCAAUAUUCUUUAGCCAAUGUUAACAGGGUGAUCUGUGUCUCGUACACCAGCAAAGAAAAUACUGUUCUUCGAGGGAAACUAGAUCCACGGAAAGUAUUCACUAUACCGAACGCUAUCGAGACGAAGUUAUUCUAUCCGGAUAUCAAGCAGUUCUAUGAAAACCCGACAACAGUGAUAUUUCUUGGGAGGCUUGUUUACAGGAAGGGUGCAGACCUCCUUUGUGCAGUAAUUCCGAAGGUGUGUGCUCGUCAUCCUCAAGUGCGUUUUAUUGUUGGAGGAGACGGACCAAAACGACUGGAAUUGGAAGAAAUGAGAGAGCAGCAUCACUUGCAUAAUAGGGUGACAUUGAUUGGAGCUCUACCACAUAACAUGGUGCGUGAGGUCCUCGUAAAGGGUCAGAUAUUCAUUAACACAUCGUUGACGGAAGCGUUCUGUAUGAGCAUAGUGGAGGCUGCUAGUUGUGGUUUGCACGUCGUAUCUACACGAGUUGGUGGUGUACCAGAAGUAUUACCAGCCGACUUUAUUUCAUUGGAGGAACCAGUUCCAGAGUUAUUGGUUGAUGCAAUUUCCGACGCUAUCUAUAAAAGAGAAAAAAGGCAACUGAUAGAUCCGAUUGAGAAACAUCUGGCUGUUUCGAAUAUGUACUACUGGCCCGAAGUAAGUGAAUAUUUAAGUACAGGAACAUAUGCUAACCAAGGAAUUGGAUUUGGUAUUCUUUACAUAACGGUGGCCUUAAUCAGCAUGAUAUUCCUCACACUACUAGAAUUCCUCGAUCCAGCUACCGUGAGUUGGUCGUGUGCGUCUUUUUUUAUCCAAUUAAGAUUUUCAGUAGACAUCUCAACAGCAAAUGACAUACCUCGGCCUAGAGGUAUUUCUCUUAUGAAAUCUCGAGGCCACAUCAUGUCUACAUCUCCAAUGUGCUCAGUAAACUAUCGUCCGAACUGUGAUAUACGUCUUCGAACCGCUGCGGAAAGACUUUCGAAAUGA